AAUUAAUCCUAUUGUCGCAAUAUAGAUUGUCUAACAGCAUAGCUUGAAACGGCAGGCUAUUAAAAAGUAAUGUUGACCUGAGCAAAGCAGUUCUGAUUUGCCAAGCGAGCUGGUUACAUCGUCUUCAGACUAGAAAGUUCGAGCAAGCGAUUUCUGAUCACUUUUGCUGUUCACGCGAGCAAAAAGAUAAAAAUUGGAGCGUUCGUUGUUCAAAGUUUGAAGGUUGUAUUCCCGUUCAAGGAACUUUGACAAGUCGAGAACAUUCAGACGAGACUUGGCGAUCAUAUAAACUGAUACUGCAGUUGAAGAACACGAAGCGAAGGAAGUGUGUUUCUAGAGAUCAAAUCGCGAUGAAUAUUUAUAUGCUAUCGUUCUUCGCCAUUUCCGUGAGUUAUGCCUCCGUCCAGAAACAAAACGAAUGUCACCUUGCAAUCCCACGUAUGUGUAAAGGCCUCAAUGGGGCAUAUACCAAAAUGCGACUGCCGAACAUGUUGAAUCACACACGACGCUUUGACGUUCUUAAGGAUAUCGACGUAUGGAAACCUUUGUUGAAUUCCAGUUGCAAUUCAGGGGAUCAGUUGACGCUAUUCCUCUGUCUUACCUACGCACCAGUCUGCAUCCCCAAACACCGCGUGCCUCCGUGUAAAUCAUUGUGCGAGAGCGUUCGCAACUCCUGUGAGCCUUUGAUGCUUCAACACAACCGUUCGUGGCCAGCGACGUUCGAUUGCAAUGAACGGAGGAAAUUUUACAACGAUUCCUCAUCAUCGAUGUGUAUGAACACACGAAUUUUUGGCAGUGGAAAAAAGAUCCCUUGUCCGUGUAGAAUGUCUCACAAGACACUGUGCAAUCUCAUCUCCACAAGUCCUUUCGUGUUCACCGCUUCGGUCAAGAGAGUAAGAGCAAGAGGGAAGAAAGAUCAAAUCGAUGUGACCAUCUUUUCUCGUAUCUUACGUCAAAUGAAAGGAGUAAAAAAAACCUUAAAGUCAGGAGCUCUACAAAGACUACAUCUAUCCCAUAAAAAAAAGUGUAGUUGUAAGAAGUUACUAAUCAAAGCAAAGUCCAGCAGAAGAUAUCUGGUCGUUGGCAAAAAAGUUGGAAGAAAGAUGAUUGUUGAUGCUAUAAAAUUGGUGAAAGGCCCUAGGGUCGCAAACAGUAUUUUUAAAAAAUGUAAAACAUAAUUUUUGACGUUUUCGAGUUAGUUGCGUUGAAAGCGAACACAGUUAUUUACACACACACACCAUUUAGCAAACUUGAUCCAAACUGCUCAUGUUUGUUAUAAAGGUGACCGUUUUCUGGGUUUAAUAAUCGUGCUUCACGUGGUUUAGAAUUAAACCGAAUGUUUGUUUAAAUUGGAACUGGAUCCAACAAAAUUAGAUCCUGUGAACAGAUCGGCAAAUAUGCAGGUCUAGUUUUUAUCAUAUACAAAAUCCCUUUCUUCUUAAGCACCUUUUCUAGCAGCAACUGGAAAAGUGGAAUUGUCUGGACUCUGCAAGAAGCCCUUAACAUUAAUUGAUCGCAAUACUUAACUGUGUUUAUUUCUACUUGACUAAACUAAUUAAUAUACACCCCCAUUAUACAGCUAAAUUUAGGUUUAGUUGGUGUAGAAACCAAUAUUAAUUAUACUUAAAAAGGUUUUAAUUUAGUUAGUAAACGCUGUGAAACACGUUGUGUGUUUAAUGGGUCUCUUGUGUUUUUCGUUCCAUUAUCAACAGCAGUUGAUGGGAUGGAAAGAUUAAUGUAAUGAUGUAUUUGUGAAUAAUUUAACGUAACUUUUCAUUUCUUAGUUUCAGAUAAGAUUAUUCUAUAGGUACUCCAUGGUAAAAUGAAUAUAUAGUUAUAGCUUCGAUAUAAUUAAUGUAUGAUUUUCCUGGGCAAAAUAUGGCCAGAUCAGUAAUUUACAUCUGUAUUUUAAAAGCUCGUUCAUCCUCAUUGGGUGGGAGAUGUCAAUCAUCUCAGAACGAUUCAAUGACGGUUUUUCCAAUAGCAUAACAACUAUGCGUUUUUAUCUAAAACUUAUCCCAUUCAUUAAAAGAAAGCACUUUCACCACUCAAUGAGUAUCAGUGAGCCUUUUGGCAUUAGGCUUGAAAGGAAACUUAUAGCUGUGUAAUGUUGUUAGCAUGCCGUGUGACUUUUAACUUUUCAAAUAUAUCCUUUUUCAUAUAGUUUAAGUAGUAAUUAAUGAUAGUGAAUUUCUAGAUUCUG